GCCAUGAGCCAGCCGAGCUCCCCGUCUUCCAGACCAGCGCUCACACUCCGCCUGUCUCCCUGACACACGCCGCGCCACCAUGAAAAGGCAAAACGUGAGGACCCUCGCCCUCAUCAUCUGCACCUUCACCUACCUGAUAGUGGGGGCAGCGAUCUUCGACGCGCUAGAAUCAGACAAGGAGAUGGACGAAUGGAGGAAACUGGACUUGAACAAAACGCAGCUGCUCAGCGCGCUCAACUUGUCCACGGAGGACUUCGGAAAGCUGGAGGACGUGGUGCUGCGGCUGAAGCCGCACAAAGCCGGGGGGCAGUGGACAGGCUCGUUUUACUUUGCCAUCACUGUGAUCACGACCAUAGGAUAUGGCCAUGCGGCCCCAAGUACAAAUGAAGGGAAGGUGUUCUGCAUGCUCUACGCUCUCCUGGGCAUCCCUCUCACCCUGGUCAUGUUCCAGAGUGUGGGUGAACGGAUCAACACCUUCGUCAGGUACCUGCUUCACCACCUGAAGAAGUGCCUUGGCAUGAGGCGCACUGAGGUCUCCAUGGUCAACAUGGUAACCAUUGGUUUCAUAUCCUGCAUGAGCACAUUGUGUGUUGGGGCGCUGGCUUUCUCCCACUUUGAGGGAUGGAGCUUCUUUCAUGCCUACUACUACUGUUUCAUCACGCUCACCACCAUUGGCUUUGGUGACUAUGUGGCGCUACAGAAUGAGCAUGCUCUGCAGACCAAGCCGGAGUAUGUGGCCUUCAGCUUCAUCUAUAUCUUGACAGGUCUGGCUGUGAUUGGAGCCUUCCUCAACUUAGCAGUGCUGCGCUUCAUGACCAUGAACACUGAAGAUGAGAAAAGAGAUGCAGAGCAGCGGGCUCUCCUCGCUCAUAACGGUCAGGCAGGCGGACACAUCAGCUGCUCUGUAGAUGAGGCCUCCACCUCCUCCACGCCCUCUGGUUGUGGUGCAGUUGGAGGCAAUGCAGGAGGAACAGCGAGCCGAGGUCUACGUAACGUUUACGCCGAGGUGCUCCACUUCCAGUCUAUGUGCUCCUGCCUUUGGUUCAAGAGUAGAGAGAAGCUUCAAUACUCCAUACCCAUGAUCAUCCCACGUGACCUUUCAACCUCCAACACUUACAUAGAGCAGGGAGAGGCUUUUUCCAACCCUCUCCACUCUAACGGCUGUGUAUGCUGCCUGCAGCGUCACUCGGGCAUCAGCUCGGUGUCCACUGGUUUGCACAGCCUCAGCACCUACAGAGGAAUCAAUAAACGUAGAAACUCCAUCUAAGCCAUGAGAACUUCAUGCUUUAAGGUCAAGUCCCACCUGUGUCUACCCUGCGCUGAGGGAAGGCCCUCCCACUGUGGUACCAGAUUAGCUGAGGACAUCAGGGGAACAGCUCCAGUCCCAAAGGGACACAGUAUUCCGGAUGUUUGCUUUGUUUUGGCACAGAAGAGCCUGGUGCUGUAAUCUCCAGGCUCCAGCCAUGUAUUUAACUUCCAUUAGCUAAGCACAAACCAUUUAGCACUAACACUGCUCCUGAUGUCACAGAGAAGAAGUGCUAAGGGUUUUUUAAGAAGCAAUCAUUACACAAACUCUGAAAUUGUUUAUGUUAGAAAAAGGAAAAAAAAUGUGCAGCACUCUCUGCACCUUUGACUUCUAAUAAUAAAAAUCAUAAUCAUCUGUUUCUUUGUUCAUAAUACUGAAUUUCAAAAUCUAUUAUAAAAAGGGACAACAUACACUGUGAGGCAUGUUUUUGAGAAGGAUUGGGGUGUGUUAACUGUAUAUUAUGCCACACUGAUAAAUAUUUUAUUGAAUAAUCUUAAAUCCACUUUUUCCAAAACAAAUCUUUGGUUGUAAUAUUCACUCCAUGCGUAUAUAUUUGGACACUUCACUAGUGCAGUAGGUGUUACUGAGGAAAAAAGCCUAUUUUUUUCAGUGAAGGUUUUCAAAAAUAAUCUCAGCCUCUUCUCCUGUGUGUCUCUAAAGUUCAGGUUAAAGCCAAGCUUCGUGCUCUGCUUUAUUGUAUGUAGUUUCUUUCUAUUUAAAAAAUUUACAUUACAGGCAUUUAAAUGACAGUUGUGAUUGAAGAUGAGUAAGCAAGUCAGUGUCUCACUGAAGAAAGAGAGGCUCCUUUCAGACCUCACAUAGAUGUUUGUCUCAUGUUUUCAUAUAACACAGCUAUAUUCUGAUAACUUAAAGCAUGUCAGCUCACCUGUAUAGUAGAAAGUCAUAUCUUAUUCACUGCUGCACCUUAAAAAUGUUUUAGAAGACUGUGGAAUUCAGUCCACUGUUUUAUUUAUUUAUUGUUUAAUGGAAUCACUUUGUGUUUUGUUUCAUAAAUGAUGUAUCCUAAAAAAGUCUUUUUUCUGGUAUUAGUCUGAGAAAUUUCAAUUGAAGCUCUUUGUUGUGGAUAUUUCAGAAUAAUAGCAGUACAUCUCGCUCGGUGGUCUCUGAGUUUGCAUCUCAUGCACCUAUGGGGCUCCAGCCCUGAACUUGAUUCAGCCAACUGAGGUCUUAGUGUUUAUUUUGUUUUCGCUUUAGUUCUCUAAAGCAUGUUUUCUUAUAUAAUAAUUAUUUUAUUUUACAGUGACCCAGUAUGCAUCAUAUCACAUUCAGUUCUUUCUUGUGUGUGUGUUUUUUUAACUGCUGGAAUGUUCUGCAAUAACUGCAAUAUGCUGUUAACAUCGUUCAUUAUCUCUCACUAACUGAUAGAGGGCCUGCCGUCAGCUGUG